UCUUUGUCGGCGGCGGCUAACGACGUCGGACGACGGCGGACGACGACAACGACCAUUAAUGAAAAAAUAAAAAUAAUACAGACGCGGUCGGUCGCACGCAUCGCACCGCACACCGCACACAGUCGAGUCGGCGGCGGCGCCCCUCGAACCAAUACCACGUCCCGGAACCAGUCACGUGACGGCCCCGGACAACUACUACUACUAUACGGUGAACAGACGAACGUACCCACGUCGCAGACGGGCGUACGGGACGUUCGGUGUGUGGGGCACCGCCGCCGUCGUAGCCCGUUGGGCCGACGACUUGAGUUAUUUUUUUUUUUGUUUCUAUACACGCGAUUUCUAGGUUUUUUUUGUCCGAUUUCGGUCACCGGACUCGACCCGACCGCCCGCACCCUACCGAGGCCUCUUAGUAACUAAGACUGUACACGAUUUUUUUUUCCGUCUACUUUUACUUAGAAUAUUCUUACUCAGUACCGAUGACGUUAUGCACAUCGAGUAUACGAUAUUUUCAUAACAUCAACUAUUAUUAUUGCGCAACUACGAGAUUACUUGUAAAAUUGAUAAUUGCACCUACUAUUAUACUUUCAUUGCUGGCUGCAAUAUAUUUAUUAUUAAAAUUCGCAAAGGCACACUUAUAAGGAGGAGACUUAUGGCGGGUUACAUUUACAAAUUGAUAAUUAUUUAAUAAUGAUUGUUCAUUUGUUCACGGAACUCGACAUUAGUAUACUGAAUUUUUACCAAGUCCUUCCAAAUUCAAAAUUUAAUUUUCUGUAAUACCUCUAAGUAUAUUUCAUUUUAAGAACCACCCCUCAUCCGGCUCAUCCCAAAAAAAAAUCAUGACCUAUUAGUGCCCACGGUCUUAAAUUUUAAAUAAUAAUAAAUAUUAAUAGAUGUAUUUAUUUUGGAUUUGGACCCUCAACUGAAUCCAAAACAGAGUCUAUGAAUAAAUUUAAUAAUAUUACUCUAUUAUACUCAAAAUACUCUACGAUUAAAAGCACCAUAUUUGAUAACACUUGUCACCGACUGAUAAACUAUCAAUGAUAACAACUGUCGUAUUAUAUUUUUUGUUCGUUUGUAUUUUGUAGCCACAAUAAAACUUUCAUAAAUAUUUGUAAUUCUAAAUUCGUACAUAUUAGGUAAUAUAUUUUAUGCUAUUCGCUAUAAUGUAUUAUGUAUAAUUCAGUAUUCUAUAUUAAUAUUUAAGUGCUUUAAAAAUUCAAAUAUAAGGAAUAUAAGUAACAAAAUGAUAUGAUUAAAAUUUUGUUCCUACAAUGAACAAAGACAAAUUAAACUACCAAUGUUCUUACAUAAAAUGUAUUCUGGAGAGUCUUCUAUUAUCCGUGAUUUAUGUGUCCAGUUUAUAUGUGUGGAAUUCACAACAUUCUAGAGAUCAUCCUUUGACUAUAAAGAAAAGAUUUCUUAGUGUAUCAUUCAUGUUAAUAUUUUCACCAUUAUAUACAUGGUAUUUCAUUAACGACAAAACUAAAGUACCUAUUUGGUAUUGGUUGGGUUUGAAAUGGGAUGGAAUAUUUAUGUCUGCUGCAUCUUCACUAUUUUUAACAUGUAUAUUGUUUCUGGGUUCAUUAUGUUUAAUUUGUUUUAAAAACAUUCAAUUAAAAAACAUCAUUAGUAUUGAAAGUAUAAAAUCAAACUUAACAGAUUUGAUUUGGCUCAGAAAUUAUGUGGUAGCACCAAUAUCUGAAGAAUUUACCUUUAGAGCUUGUAUUAUACCUCUAUUACUUCAAUGUUUCCAACCAAUGACUACUAUUUUCAUUUGUCCUAUAUUUUUUGGAGCAGUGUUUCAGUUCAUGUACACUACAAUAUUUGGAGCAUAUUCAGCAUUGCUAUUCAUAUCCACUGGGAAUGUUAUAGGACCAAUUAUAGCUCAUAAAUUUUGUAAUCACAUGGGAUUUCCUGACUUUAGAGAAAUGUUUCAAUUUCAAGAGCCAAAACGUAGCUGUUUAUUAGUUCUCUCAUUGGUUGGGUUAAUACUGUGGUGCAUAUUAAUUAAAUAUGCUACUGACCCACAGAUAUAUUCUAAUCAAAUGAAUUGGACUGAAAUGAAUCAAUGUAACACAAUAAACUCAAGCAAUAAUUUUGAACAAACAUUUUUGUGAAAUUGUAAAUACAAAAACCUUUAUUUACAUACACACAAAAAGAGAAUAUUAUGUACAUUAUAACAUUUUAAUACAAUUGUUUAGCUCAAACAUUAAUAUAAAUACUUCUAUUUAAAAUGAAGCAAUCAAACACAAUAACAUUUUUUAAUAAAAGACUGGAUUAUAGAAAAAGUUGUCAAUAUAUAUUUUUUUUUAUAUAUGUAGAAAUAAAAAUAAUUAUAAUAUA